GCGCGGGCGGCGGACACUCUCAAACACACAUCUGCUCCUGUACCGCUGUACCGCUGUACCAGCUCCAGCCAUGGGAAACAACUUUACUAUAUUCGACCGUCACAAAAUGCCCUUGGGAGAAGAUGGACACUCCUGGAAGAAGAAGACCUCUGACGUUAAGGAGAUCUAUGACUUCAAGGAUGUUUUGGGAACCGGGGCGUUCUCUGAGGUGGUCCUAGCGGAAGAGAAGAGGACGAGGAGGCUGGUGGCCAUAAAGUGUAUUCCCAAAAAAGCGCUGGAAGGCAAAGAGAACAGUAUUGAAAACGAGAUCGCCGUUCUUCACAAGAUUAAACAUGCCAACAUCGUCUCCCUGGAGGACAUCUUCGAGAAUAAAUCUCACCUCUACCUUGUCAUGCAGCUGGUUUCUGGUGGGGAGCUCUUUGACAGGAUUGUGGAAAAAGGAUUUUACACGGAGAAGGACGCCAGCAAGCUCAUCCAGCAGAUUCUGGACGCUGUGAAGUACCUGCAUGACAUGGGCAUCGUGCACCGAGACCUGAAGCCAGAGAACCUGCUGUACUACAGUAUGGAAGAGGACUCGAAGAUCAUGAUCAGCGAUUUCGGCCUGUCAAAGAUUGAAGGCUCGGGCAGUGUGAUGAGCACGGCCUGCGGCACGCCUGGAUACGUAGCUCCAGAGGUGUUGGCGCAGAAACCGUACAGUAAAGCAGUAGACUGCUGGUCCAUCGGAGUUAUCGCAUACAUACUUUUGUGUGGCUAUCCGCCAUUUUACGAUGAGAAUGAUGCCAAGCUGUUUGAACAGAUUCUGAAGGCGGAAUAUGAGUUUGACUCUCCGUACUGGGACGAUAUCUCCGAUUCAGCUAAAGACUUUAUUGUUCAUCUAAUGGAGAGAGACCCAGGUCAGCGCUACACAUGUGACCAGGCCCUGCAGCACCCCUGGAUUGCUGGAGACACAGCUCUGGACAAGAACAUACACGAGUCCGUCAGCGCGCAGAUCAAGAAGAACUUCGCCAAGAGCAAAUGGAAGCAAGCGUUCAAUGCCACGGCGGUGGUUAGGCACAUGCGGCGGCUGCAGCUGGGCACCAGUCAGGAAGGUCAGACCUCUGACCGUUCACCACACAGCCCCUGCCACGAGCGUCUCCUGCUGCCCGAGGGGACGGAGGAAGAGGAGGAGGAGGAGGAAGAGCAGAGCCGUCAGUGCCUUCACACCACAUUCCGCCGCAUUUUUAAACCCAAGACCAGAACUCGCUGCGCUGAAAGAAACCUCUCAGAGGGACAGUAGUGGAUGUUGUGAAAGUGCUGGCGAUGGGGCGGAGCGAGACGGCCUCCAGAACUGCACCUACCGCGUCCACCCACCCAGCCGGGUCUGAGCGCACCCCCCCGCCAAUCAGUCCUGCUGCAACCAAUGACUUGACUGUCCUGUUUUCUUUUUCUUCCCGCUGGAGCCCUGCCACAUCCCCAGUCUGGCCAGGAAUACUGAGUAACUCCAGCAUUUGGCCACUAGGAGGCGCUGCAGUGUCACCAAACCCAGACGGGAACAGGGUCACUAUGCCAAUGGAGGGAUUCUGCUUAUGGAGACAGCCUAGGAAGAGGAGAAGAUGAUGAGGAAGUAAAACAUGGAUGCCACAGCUGCAUCGUGGGUAAUGUAGGCUGUUAGUGGACAGAUAUUGAGUUGGACAGAGAUUGGACAGUGUUUUAAACUUUUUAACUCUUUGAAAAACUCCAUCAUAUGUCAUCUCUUUAUCUUUGAGCGUAUGGAGUACGGUGGGUUCAAGCCUGUUUUAGUUUUAAAAUCCAGAGUCCAACUUGCCUCAACUUGACUUUUAGUCAAAUGCGACACACACACACAGACAAACAUAUAGAUAAAUAUAUAUACACAAAAAAAAAAAUAUAUAUAUAUAUAUAUAUAUAUAUAAAUAUAAUGGUUAGUUUUAUAAUGAACGCUUACCGAAGGUUAUACAGAAAUUCAGAAGUACAGAUCAUAGGCACACUGGUUAUUAGAAUGGUACUAUAAUAGAGUAAUAUUGCGCAAACACACACACACACACACACACACACACUAUGUUAGCAUGACACUUUAUUCGGGCUCAUUUAGGGUUUCUAGGUAGCUCUCUACUUAAGUUCAGAACAUCGUGUUUGUAAUUAUUUUUUUUUUUACAUUGUAUGUUCAGUUUUAAUUCAGCAAAGUGUCCUGUAACAUCAUCAUGCUGCAUGUGUUGUCUUUUUUUUUUUUUUAAUACGUCAUCAGACAUUCAUCAUCUGCAGUGCCUUCACGGUUGCAGUAUCCUGUUCUUUUUUCCAGUAUGAUUAUUAGUGUUCUUGUUUCUUUUGUAAACGUGUAAAAUGUCUGUCUCUUCGGUUCAUACUAAUUUGAAAGCUGUAAAUGUCGAAGUGUAGGUUUUUUAUCUUGUGUUCACCUACAGGGCGUAUCUUUCCAUGUCAGCUAUGCGCUGUUAGUGGAACUUUUUUUUUUUUCUUUCUAAUACAAAAACGUCUAACGUCUACUGCCAUCUAUCAUUCUACCAUGUUUGUAAAUGCUAUGGUAUUUUAAUAUUCCUGUUUUCUGAGGCCCUUUCUUUCCAUAAAGAAACCACAAAAAAAAUGAUGCUUUAACUCAGGGGAGGACGACUGAUUAAGGUCAGAGUUUGGGGAUUUUAAAUGAUAGUUGUGUUGCAGAGCAUACGAUAUAAGAUUUAAAUAUAUAUACACAGAUAUAUAUAUAUAUAUAUAUAUAUAUAUAUAUAUAGAUAUAUAUAUGAUAGGGAUAUUGAACUAUAUAUAUAUAUAUAUAUAUAUAUAUAUGGAGCUAUAUCACCAGAGGGAGGGAAGUUUCCCGGUCAUUUUAGGUUCUGCUGUAACAUUCAUAUUGCUUUGCACCAUUAAACCUGUACAGAAGUGAAUUAAUUAAAGAAUUUUGUUGUACGUCAUGCGUCCCAUUUGAUUUGUUUCACACAUGCUUUUUUCCGCUGCCAGCUCUUUUCUUUUGCAUUUGUUUUAAUAUUUUUCAAACAUUUUUUCAUUUACAUUUUAUAAAAAAAAAAAAAAAAAUAGAACUGCUUUUAAUCACAAGAUCACCAUCUUUAUGGAUUUGUACGCAUGUUUGCUUUCACGUUGAGUUUUAGAAAUCUAACAUUUAAAUAUUAAAAAAAUAAAUAAACAAUUAAAUAACAUUUAAAAAGUAAAUCUGAAAAGUUUCUGUAAAGUUGCAUUUUUAAAAACAAAUAUCUCUCACUUCCAUUAUAAACUACUGACAUUUCUUUUCAUUUCUUUUAAUUUUAAGCUUAACAUCUGUAUCAAAAUUCAUUAAUCUGAAAUUGCUGAAUUUAAAUAAAAUAUAUCUGAAGUAAAACAAAUCUGAAAUUUAAAUAAUUUUCAAUUAAAAAUAAUUUACUGCUAUUUUGUAAUUAAUUUUAAACAUAGAACAUUUCUGAAAUUUAUAGCAAACAUAUAGCAAACUUUCCAUCUGUAAGGUUUUGCAAGCUUUUUUGCUUUCAUAUUAAGGUUUAGAAAUCUAAAAUUGCUGAAUUUAAAAAAUAUCUCCAGAUUUUUUUUUUUUUUACCUUAAAUGAAAAUGACCAACAUCUGUAUUGAUGUGUUUAGUAAUCUAAAAUUGCUUAAUUUAAAUAAAACGUUUCUAAACUAAAAAAAAUAAUUAAAAAUAAAUUACUUCAUUUUUUUUUAUUAUUAUUUUUUUUUUGCAAACUCUUGUUCUGCACUGAGAUCCUGAAAUCUAAAAUAGCUAAAAUUUAAACGAAAUAUCUCUAAACUAUAAAUAGAUUUUUUUUUUUUCAGAAAAUUUUCAGAAAUUACUUCUGCAUUUGUUUUUAAAUUCAUUUCUUAGAAAUUGCUGUUUUUUUUUAUGAAAUCAGUUAAAAUUUAGCGAUGUCAAAUUUCUUAGAAUGCUUUUAAUUUAUGUAAAAUUCAUUCAGAUUAUCUAACUGCAAGCUCAUAAUAUAUUUGGCUUUUGCUUCCACAUUGAGUUUUACCACUUAGCUAGUAUGUGUUUUUAGCCACAAAACAUUAGCCAUGCUGAUUUUCAGUUUUAGGUUGAAUUUAUUAUGUUUAGUUGUGAUGUUUCCCAAUAUUAAGAACCCUUUUAAUCUCCACUUGUGAACUGCAAGUUCCUUACUGGUUCCUCUGUAGAACCAAAUUUUCCCUCUAGUAGGUGGGUGGAGCCAGAACCCAGGCUCUUUAUUCUGGGUCAGACUGGGUUCACUAGAUUCCCGGGUUUGGGUUCUUCUGCAUGUAUCAAUAUGCCAAAUAAAAUAUGAGGACAAAAAAAAAAAAAAAACAACAAA